AUGCACAGAAAAAAUGCGGUAAUCACCACUUCCUUUCCAACACCCCACGGCAAACUCAUCCACUUAUACAGCGAAACCAACAUCUUCAGCAGGAGCUAUAAAAUGUAUCGGAGAGAACGGUUGAAAGAACGAAUGAUGCAAGAACUGAGAAGCAGAAUGACUUUUCUGUGUAUGAAACGAUUUCAAUUAGAAGUGAAAGGUUCACGAAAUUUCGGAAGUUUUUUUGGCAAUGAAUUCAACAACAGAUCAAUGAAAAAGACGAGGGGUGCAAUUGCUGGCGGUGUCACAAACUUUCUCGAACCAAAGAUCAAAUUUCGACAAAAUUGA